AUGGAUUUCAGCGAGCUAUACAAGCAGUCACAAUACUUGAGUCGAUUCUCUCCAAACGGACAAUAUAUUGCUAGUGCAUUCAAACAAAAACUGGCCUUUCGUGAGGCGUCCUCUCUUCAAAUACUAUCAAUACACACCAGCACCGACCUAAUAGAAAAUAUUGCGUGGUCUGCCGACUCGGAGUUACUAAUUACAACCAGUUAUAAAGCUGGCAUUAUAAAUAUUUGGAGUGUGUCGGAUGAAAAGUGGAGCGCGAAGAUUGAGGAGGGUACUGUUGGGUUGACUAAUGCUAGAUGGAGUCCGGAUGGGAGGAGUGUUUUGUGUUUCUCUGAUUUUCAGGUUCGGGUCACUAUAUGGUCUCUUACGUCUGGAGAAGCUUGCUUCAUUCAAUUUCCAAAAUACUCUGAUAAGGGAUUCGAUUUUCGAAAGGAUGGAAAGUAUUUUGUUUUAGCUGAGCGUCGGGAUGGUAAAGAUUUUGUCGGGAUUUAUGAUUGCAAUAAUGCUUGGACUUUAUUAAAGCAUUUUCAAGUAGACACGGUAGAUCUAGAGAAUCUAGCGUGGUCGCCUGACGGACGAUAUAUUGCAAUAUGGGAUAAGUGUAUUGAUUAUAAAGUUCUCAUAUAUACACCGGAUGGUAGAAGGCAACAAUCGUUUUCCGCUUAUAAUAUGGGCUUGGGAGUUAAGACGGCGGUGUGGGCACCUUCCAGUCAAUUUUUAGCGGUCGGAAGUUAUGAUCAAAAGAUUAGGUUUUUAAAUCAUUACACGUGGACGCCGACUCUUGAGUUUACCCAUAUUAAUCCAGUAAAUAACAUCGACAACCUGAUUAUCAUGAGAGAAACCAGGGAGAUGAAGGAUAGGCAAUCCACGAGGAAAUAUGUUAUUGACCAACAACCAAUGGAAUUACCAGAGAUUCGUCCAGAUCCCGAGAAACCAAAUCCGAAACUUGGGGUUGGCUCAUGUAAAUUUAAUGCGAAUGGCACUCUUGUUGCGUCGCGUAAUGAUAACAUGCCAAAUAGCCUCUGGAUAUGGGACAUUUCUUUACUAAAACCAAUCACGAUAUUUAUGCAAUUGAUGCCAAUCAGAAAUUUUCUAUGGAAUCCUCGUUACCCGAAUCAGCUCGUGCUUUGUUGUGGGUCCGAAUAUAUUUAUAUAUGGUCCGGACCGGAAGUAGGUGCUGAGAUUAUAGAGGUACCACAAGUAAAUUUUCUUGUGAAUAACUUUCGAUGGAAUCCCGAUGGUCACUCCUUAUUGUUGAUGGAUAAGGAA